AUGCAUAUCGCCUUGGGCCGGCAAGUCGGGAGAAACGCCGAGGCCUACCUCGACGACAUCGUGGUGAAGUCUCGGGAGGCCAAGACCCUGAUGCAAGACCUGGAAGAAACCUUCGUGAGCCUUCGUGAAGUGGACCUGCGGCUCAACCCGGAGAAGUGCUGGUUCGGUGUUCCUUCUGGCAAGCUUCUAGGUUUUCUCGUGUCGCAUAGAGGUAUCGAGGCUAACCCAGAGAAGGUCAAGGCAAUCGAAGACAUGAGUCCGCCGCAAACCCUCAGGGAAAUGCAGAAGCUCACCGGGCGAGUAACCGCGCUAGGGCGCUUCAUCUCUAAGCUGGGGGAACGUGCUCUGCCCUUCUUCAAGCUGAUGAAGAAGAAGGGUCUGUUCGAAUGGACUCAAGAGGCUGAUGAAGCGUUCCAAGACCUCAAAAAGUACCUGACUAGCCCUCCGGUGAUGGUGGUUCCGCGCCCUCAGGAGCCCUUGGUACUCUACCUCGCCGCCACACCCUACUCCGCCAGCGCAGCUCUGGUGGCGGUUCGGGAGGAGCGCCGAGUCCAGGCCGCAGUGGCCGCAACCCCGACCGCGGUAGCUCAAGGCCAGGAAGGCCUCACGGGGGUCACGACCUCGGCAGACGAGGGCCAGCCUCAACAGGAAGACGCCUCCGGGGCUGAGGGGACCUCGCCAAGCAGUCAGGAGCCGAGGGCUCAAACGCCCCAGGAGGCGCUUGACUCUCCGGAGGGUGCGGGCACCGUCGGCGCGCCCUCCCUCGUCGACCAUCCCGUGUAUUUCGUCAGCACGCUCUGUUUCCAGCAGGGCGAAAAGGUUUCCAACAACAUAGCAGAAUACGAGGGCCUCAUAGUAGGCUUAAAGGACCCGGCCGCACUGGGGGUGAAGCGCCUCAUCAUCAAGGGGGACUCACAGCUCCUCGUCAACUUCUCCAACAAAGAAGGAUGCUGGACCGCGGAGCUCAAGGAUUACCUGAUGCGAGGGACUCUACCAGAGAAGGAAGAGGACGCGGAACGCGUGGCCCGGCAGGCCACGGCUUACUGCAUCCAAGACGGAGAGCUUUACCAGAAGUGGCCCAAUGGUGUUUCCCUGCGUUGCAUCUCCAGGGAACAAGGGAAAGAGUUGCUGGCAGACAUUCACGAUGGAGACUGUGGGCACCACUUGUCAUCAUGGACCCUCGUCGGCAAGGCAUUUCGCAGCGGGUUUUAUUGGCCUAAAGCACUCGACGACGCAAUCGAGCUGGUGAAGGCUUGUGAAACCUGUCAAUUCCACUCAAAGCAGAUUCAUCAUCCAGCUCAGGGCCUGCAGACCAUUCCACUCUCGUGGCCGUUCGCGAUAUGUUACGCCUCGGUGGCACACCCUCGGAGCAAUGGCCAGGCUGAACGCGCCAAUGCAGAGGUCCUGAAAGGCCUCAAAACCAGGACCUUCAAGGAGAAGCUGGAGGCCUGCGACAGGGGCUGGUACAACGAGCUCCAGCCCUAA